ACGCCGCGCCGUUGCCAAGCAGUUGCCAUGACUAUGUUAUUGAGUUCCACAUUCAAAUGCUGUGUUCAAAUGUGACAUCAAUACACUGCGAACUUUAUCAAAAUGUUUUUAUUGGAAUAGUUUUAUUUGAUAAAACUCAUAUUUUGUUAGUUUAACAAUUGUUUUUUAGAAACUGACAAUGGACGAAAGGGAAUUGAGGAAGCUGGUGCAAACGAAAAAUGGUUGCCGUGUGCCCAUCUUGCGGCCUGUGCCAAACGUACAACAACUGGACAAGCUACCAUUUGUUCCUCUACCACCGUACAAUAGGAUCAAGGAAAAGCAAGAAAGUUUUCGUAAAAUUCUCGAGGAAAAAGCUACUGAAAGGAAAAUAGAGGUAGCCCGACCACCUCUAGAGCGCCGUGAACGCGACCGGUUAGAAAUAUCACAAUCACGACACAUAGCAGUGUUACGAGUAUGUGCACAAAAAAUUCAACCCCCGCCCAUGUCCAAAGACUGGGAACGCAAAAUUUGUGGCCUCGUACCAGCCAAACUUCGUCACGCGUUCCCCACUUUAAUGGACGAAUUGAUUAAUGAAAGUAAAGUUGAAUGGAACCGAAAUCUCCAUGAACUUGCUGUUAAAACAAUAAUAAGAGAUAAACCUGGAGUUCCCAGGAUCAGGUAUCAAGAACCUUAUUUUAAAUAUAAAGGCAUUACAGAAAACUAUGAAAAAAUGCUCAAAUUCCGUAAAAAACUAAUCGAUGGUGCUCUUAUAUUACAUCCUUUUAUAAGACUCGUACUUGAAUCCUCAGAGCGAAUUUUUCCAGAAUAUAUUAUUGAUUUAGCCAAGUAUAGGGCUAUGGGUCCUUUAAAGUUAAAGGAUUUUUUAGCAAAAGUUUUAGAAGAAAUAAAACGGGCUGACUACCUCGUAUCGAGCACUUGGUAUGGGAUCCUUGUUCAUUGGCUUAAAAAUCCAAGAUGUUUGCGAGGCAUGCGUCAAAAGAAAAUACCGGAUUUUGUGAGAUGUGCUACCAAAAUGAUAUCAAUGCAAAUUCAAGAACUAAUGCGUAGAUCUAUAGAAGCUAUUAUAGACGGCCUUAAAGAUCCAGAAUCUGUCCUUAUUUUGUAUUUACAGUUAGAUUUUGACGGAGAAUUUAUUUAUGAUCCUUCACUUCAGGAAGUUUACGACGUUUUUCACGAUAUUGCGAACAUAAUCUGCCACAUAUCUCAAAGACUUAUGCCUAUCGAGCAGUAUCUUAAAAUUCCAUACAAUUUCGAUGCCUUGCCAGUUCAAUAUAACGACUGGCUUCAUAGAGACGGCCAUGAAAGACUCCAAAAACAAUUAGAUAUAGUAUUUGAACCUCUACUUCAGUAUUUAGAGCAAUUACGUAUAGAAUACAAUAUGUUGUACGGUGCUCCAGCGAAAGAAGCUAUCUUCAAGUUUAUUGAAGCAGAAGAAAAAUUUGACAUAUGUCGGGACAAAAUUAAAUAUUUUCAAGGUAUAGAUUCUGAAAUCACAGCUAUUGUGGAAAAUGAAUAUUUUAAUAGUGCAGUCGUCUGUCAACUAAGAAUGGUAGACGGUUUGAAAGGAAAAGCUUUGGAGUUUGUAAAUGAUUUAAUAGCGGGUAUAAUCAGCGCUCAUAUUAAAGAGAACGAUAGCAUCUGUGCUGCAUUUGAAGAAAUCAAAGAGAGAGCUCUUAGAGAGCCAAAAAAUGCGGUAGAAUUAAUUGAACAAGGAGUUUAUAUCUUACACGCAAAAACUGUUUUAGUUGAAGCAUUAAAGGAAAGAAUUAUGUCACAAAUUAAUAUUAUAUCGAGUCUUCUUGAGAUGACUUCACUCACAGAAGAACAUGUAGCAUCAAAUACUAGAACUGUCAAUUGGCUUAAAGAUAUAAAGCCUAUUUUUGAAAGAAAUGCUGCAGCUUAUGAAGCUCAUAAAGCGGAUAUGGAAGAAAAUCUACUUGCCAAAAUAGCAUACCUCAACAAAGAGGUUGUUGAAAUGAUACCGUAUUUAGAACUUUUAGACAAUAUGGAUGAUGUUGAUCAUACUCUUGAGUAUCUGGAAUACCUAAGAAAGCUAGUUCAUCGACUAGACGAUUGUGAUAAACUUGUAUCUUGGAUUAACACCGAAGAAGCAACAUUCAAAUUUCCGAUUACUAGUUAUCCAGACUUAGAAGAAUUAAAGGACUACGUAAAACCUUUUCACAGUCUUAUAUUCUUGGUUCAUAAAUGGAAGCGGAGCUAUUAUACGUGGAUGGAUGGACCUUUUGAAUACAUGGAUCAUGAACAGAUAGAAAUCGACCACGAUUUUUACUACAAAGAAUUUAUAAAAAUCUCGAAAAAUUACAGAAAUAAAAUAAAGCAACAAAUAGCUGAAGGAGUAGAAAAGCGUUUCCAAGGAUUAGUAGAUGAUCCAGAUCCCAAUAAUUUUCCGGCUCCAAUGAAAUUAUGUUCCCAGGCUGUUGCGGAAUUAAAAGAAUGGAGACCUAAUGUACAAAUGGCUCAUAUAAUGUGUAAUCCCGCGUUAGUUCAGAGACAUUGGGAUGAAAUGUCUACCAUUGCUGGUUUUGAUUUAACUCCCACGGCAGGUACCACAUUACGAAAGAUUAUUGAUUUCGAUCUGUGGGGUGACAUUGAUCAAUAUGAAAUUAUAAGCAUCGCAGCAACAAAAGAACUUGCUUUAAUUACAAAUUUAAAUAAAAUGAUGGCUGAAUGGACCGACAUAUGUUUUAAAACGAAUCCAUAUAAAGACACUGGAAUUAAUAUACUCACAGCACUUGAUGAUAUUCAAUGUGUUUUAGACGAUCAUAUCGUUAAAACUGUUGGAAUGAGAGGUUCAGCAUUCGUCAAACCUUUUGAAACUCAAGUAAAGUCAUGGUAUGAAAAAAUAGUAAGAACCAACUUAACAAUAGAUGAGUGGGGUAAAGUGCAAAGUCAGUGGUUGUAUUUGUUACCCAUAUUUUCUUCUAAAGAUAUUGUCGCCCAAAUGCCUGAAGAAGGAGUUAUGUUUACGGAAGUGAACAAUAUAUACCGCAGAUAUAUGACUUGCGUAGAAAGGGAUCCCCAUGCGCUUGAGAUAGCCGGUGCUUCCGGCGUGUUAGAAGCUUUUAAAGUUUGCACUGGAUUACUGGAUAAAAUUAAUGAUGGUGUAAACAAUUAUUUGGAAAAGAAACGUUUGUAUUUCCCAAGAUUCUUCUUCUUAUCGAAUGAUGAGAUGUUAGAAAUUCUAUCAGAAACUAAAAACCCUCUUAAAGUUCAACCGCAUUUAAAGAAAUGUUUUGAAGGUAUCCACAAACUGGUAUUCGACGAUGAGUUCAAUAUAUCCGCUAUGAUUUCUAUGGAAACUGAACAAGUCGAAUUUCUAGAAACUAUCAGCGUCCAAGCUGCAAGAGGAUCUGUAGAGAAGUGGCUGGUACAAGUGGAGGACCAAAUGUUAAAAGCCGUUAAAUCAGAAACUGAAUUAUCUUACUAUGAUUAUCCAAACACAACACGUGUCGGAUGGAUACUUUCUUGGGAAGGUAUGGUAGUUCUAGCGAUAUCUCAAAUUUAUUGGGCCGUGGAUGUACAUGAAGCUCUAAAUACCCAUAAAUUAAGUGAAUUAGAGGCGUAUCAUAAGUCACUAACUGUGCAACUAAAUGAAACAGUAGCAAUAAUUCGACGUACCGACUUAACCAAACUAAACAGUAUUACAAUAAAAGCUCUCAUUGUAAUUGACGUUCACGCGAAAGAUGUUAUCUUUGAAUUAGUUGGCAAAAAUGUUACUGAAGUGACAGAUUUUCAGUGGCUAGCACAACUUCGUUACUAUUGGGAAGAAGAGAAAGUUGGGGUGAAAAUAAUAAACGCUGUUGUCUCCUAUGCAUAUGAAUAUUUAGGAAAUAGCGAUAGAUUAGUGAUCACACCAUUAACUGAUCGAUGCUAUCGAACACUUAUUGGAGCCUAUUACCUUCAUAUAAAUGGAGCUCCAGAAGGACCCGCAGGAACUGGGAAAACUGAAACAACUAAAGAUUUAGCCAAAGCUUUAGCCGUUCAGUGCGUUGUUUUCAACUGCUCAGAUGGCUUAGAUUAUAAAGCUAUGGGUAAAUUUUUUAAAGGUUUGGCAGCCUGUGGCGCUUGGGCAUGUUUUGAUGAAUUCAAUAGAAUAGACGUUGAGGUUCUUUCUGUAAUUGCUCAACAAAUAUUAUGUAUUAUUCAAGCAAUAAGACAAAAUUUACAAGUUUUUGUGUUUGAAGGCACUACCUUGAACUUAAAUCCAGCUUGUUAUGUUUGCAUUACUAUGAACCCAGGCUAUGCGGGUCGUUCUGAGCUCCCUGAUAAUUUAAAGGUGCUCUUUAGAACUGUUGCCAUGAUGGUACCAGAUUAUGCCAUGAUCGGAGAAAUAUCUUUAUAUUCUUUUGGCUUUGUUGAUGCUAGAAGUUUAUCUGUAAAAAUUGUCACAACGUAUAGGUUAUGUUCUGAACAACUAUCAUCCCAAAAUCAUUAUGAUUAUGGAAUGCGGGCAGUAAAAACGGUGUUGUCGGCUGCAGGAAACUUAAAAAGAGCUUUUCCCAAUGAAAAUGAAAGCAUUUUACUUCUUCGAUCUAUAACAGACGUAAACUUACCCAAGUUUUUAUCUUGCGAUGUUCCUCUAUUUGAAGGCAUUAUAUCAGAUUUAUUCCCUGGCAUAAAAUUACCAAAACCAGAUUAUGUAAACUUUUUAAACGCGUGUAAUGACACUUGUGAUAGGAAUAAUCUUCAACCAAUGGAUUGCUUCCUUCUAAAAGUAAUACAAACAUAUGAAAUGAUGAUAGUGAGGCAUGGCUUCAUGAUAGUAGGUGACCCUUUCUCAGGAAAAUCAAUGACACUGAAAAUUUUAUCGGAAUCUUUGACAUUGAUGGAGGAAAGAAACCAACCAGGCGGAUGUGAAUGUACAUAUAAGGUCUUAAAUCCGAAGGCUGUUACAAUGGGACAACUUUACGGUGCAUUUGAUCCAAUAUCUUAUGAAUGGACUGAUGGUAUAGUAGCCACGAUGUUUAGAGAUUUUGCUACAGACGAUUCUCAUAUCAAGAAAUGGAUUGUGUUUGACGGCCCAGUCGAUGCCGUUUGGAUUGAGAAUAUGAACACUGUAUUAGAUGACAAUAAGAAACUCUGUUUAACUUCAGGUGAAGUAAUGGCAAUGUCUAGUGUUAUGUCGAUGAUUUUUGAAGUAAUGGACCUGGCACAGGCUUCUCCUGCUACUGUUUCUAGGUGCGGUAUGAUUUAUAUGGAAUCGGUAUCACUAGGUUUUAUGCCGUUUUACAAAUCCUGGUUAACUACAUUGAAUCCUAUAUGGUAUGAAGAAAAUGAAGAUUAUAUUUAUGCCAUGUGUGAGUGGUUAUUCGAUCCAUUAAUUUAUUACGUUAAAAAGGAGUGUACUCAAUUGGUGACAGCUGGAGAAGUGAAUUUAUUAGUAAGCACGCUUCAUCUAAUCGUAAUGUACAUGGAUAAUGCCAUUAAAGGUGAAGAAGAUACGAGAAAUACAAGAACUUGGUUUAUUGCUUCGUUUAUGAGUGCUAUAGUAUGGGGUAUUGGCGGAAUACUCAAUACGGACUCUCGUGAAAAAUUUGAUAAUUUAGUGAAAGAAUACUUUAGGGGUGAAAAAGGUUUACCAUCUACAAUUGACCGGAUUGAUGUAUCUAUUCCCGCAGAUGGCAUGAUUGUUGAUCACUUUUACAUGUAUAAAGGUAAAGGGUGUUGGAAACCGUGGGUAGAAUCUAUGAAAAAUGUCGUUGUAAAAGAACAAAUUAAUUUACUUCAGACUGUUAUUCCCACUUUAGAAACAGAAAAAUACUAUGCCCUCCUAGAUUUACAUACAAAAUUUAAGCAGCCUUUGUUAUUUAUUGGACCUACGGGUACUGGGAAGAGCUUCUUGAUACAAAACUUUUUGAUGAAUCGCAUUUCUAUGGACCAUUACACUCCUGGAUUUAUAACAUUUACGACUACAACUUCAGCCAAUCAAACACAAGAACUAGUGCUUUCAAAGCUCUAUAAAAGACGAAAAAAUAACUAUGGACCAUCAAAAGGUAAACAAGCUAUAAUAUUUAUUGACGAUAUGAACAUGCCUGCCAAAGAAGUUUAUGGUGCUCAACCAGCAAUAGAGUUAUUAAGAUUGUUUUUCGACCAGAAGCACUGGUAUGAUUUAAGAACAACUGACAAACUAUACAUUCACGACACUUUUUUCUAUGGAGCCAUUGGACCAGUCGGUGGCAGUCGACAACUUAUUUAUCCACGAAUGUUAAGGCAUUUUAACAUAUACUCAAUAAAUGAGUUUUCUAAAGAAAGUAUGACCAAAAUAUUCAUGACUUUAUUACAACUGGGUUGGAAAAGAAAUGGAUUCGGUCAAGAUGUUCAGCCAUACAUAGUCAAUAUUAUAGCAGCUACAAUGGAAAUUUAUAAUAGUGCUACAGAAGGACUAAGACCAACACCAGCCAAAUCACAUUACACCUUUAACCUAAGAGACUUUUCAAGGGUCAUUCAAGGCUGUGCAUUACUUAGAAAAGAAUGUGCCGAUAAUAAAAAAACUUUUGUUAAAGUCUGGGUUCAUGAAAUUCUUCGUGUAUUUUAUGAUAGGCUUGUCGACGAUGAUGACCGUGGUUGGUUUUUUGACGUUCUCAAAAAAAUCACAAAAGACUUCAUGAAAGAUACAUUUGAGAAUGCCUUAGAUAUAUAUCAAAAUGAGAAGGGAGAAGUUACUUGUGACACAAUCAAAUCAAUGAUGUUUGGAAGUUACCUAGAUUCAGAAAGUCUCGAAGGAGAACGACGAUAUGAAGAAAUGCCAUCAAAAGAAGCUGUGCUAAACGUAGCAAUCGCAAUGCUGAAUGAAUACAACGCAUUGCAUAAAGCAAAAAUGACCAUUGUAUUGUUUGACUACGCUUUGGAACAUUUGUCAAAAAUUUGUAGGCUUUUGUGUAUGCCUUCUGGAAAUGCUUUACUCGUAGGUGUUGGGGGUUCUGGACGGCAAUCUCUUACACGUUUAGCGAGUACAAUAUUAGGUCUCCAGGUAUUUCAACCAGAGAUCACGAAAACUUACAGUGUGAAAGAUUGGCACGAUGAUAUUAAACUAGUUUUACGAGAAUCUGGAGGCCUAAAUAAAGAUACAACAUUUUUAUUUACAGAAAAUCAAAUAAAAGAAGAAGUUUUUAUUCAAAAUCUUGACAGUUUACUUAACUCUGGCGAAGUUCCUAACUUAUAUGGUUUAGAUGAAAAACAGGAAAUUUUAGAAAUGGUGCGUUUAGCUGCACAAGGUGGGAAUAGGAACCUUGAUAUUAGUCCGUUACAAAUUCUUGCAUUCUUUGUCGGACGCUGCAAAGCAAAGUUACAUAUAGUAUUAUGCUUCAGCCCCAUAGGAAGUUCCUUUCGAACAAGACUAAGAUUGUAUCCCUCUUUGGUGAAUUGUUGUACCAUUGAUUGGUAUGAUAGCUGGCCUGAAGACGCUUUAGAAAAGGUAGCUCAUUAUUAUAUGGUUAAGGUUAAUGUACCAGAUAAAGUAAAACUGGCUGCUGUAAUAGCUUGCAAACAGUUUCAUGUGGAUGCACGAACCAUAUCUAUCGAAUUCUACAAUACACUUGGAAGGAAAACCUAUAUUACAUCUGCUUCUUAUUUGGAUUUAAUAAAAUCUUUUACCUCGCUAACUAACAAAAAACAACGGGAAUUGAGAGCAGCUAAAAUAAGAUAUACAAAUGGUUUAGACAAAUUGGGACAAGCAGCAGAUGCAGUAGCAAUUAUGCAACGUGAUUUGAAUGCUCUGAAGCCACAACUUAUGAUUAUGGCUGCAAAAUCAGCUAAGAUGAUGGAAGAAAUAGAAAUCGAAACUGUCACUGCCGAUAAAGCCGCAGCUCAAGUCAGAGAAGAUCAAAAAGUUGCAAAUGUUCAAGCAGCAGCUGCACAAGAACUCAAAAAAGAUUGUGAAGCCGAUUUAGCUCUAGCGUUACCGAUUCUAGAAGAUGCUAUUGCAGCUUUAAAUACUUUAAAACCAGCUGACAUUACUAUUGUCAAAUCUAUGAAGAAUCCUCCAGGGACAGUAAAAUUGGUCAUGGCUGCAGUGUGUGUAAUAAAAGGCGUUCCGCCUGAUAAAAUUCCUGAUCCAGCCAACCCUGGAAAAAAAAUAUUAGAUUAUUGGGGUCCAAGUAAACGAAUAUUAGGAGAUAUGAGUUUUUUAGAGUCGUUGAAAAAUUUCGAUAAGGAUAAUAUCCCCAUUGCUAUUAUGCAAAAAAUUCGAAAAGAAUAUCUUUGCCAUAAAGAUUUUAAGCCCCAUAUUAUAGCCAAAGCUUCGACAGCUGCUGAAGGCUUAUGCAAAUGGAUAAUUGCUAUGGAUAUGUACGAUGCCGUUGCAAAAGUUGUAGCCCCUAAGAAAGCCAAAUUGGAGGCGGCUGAAAGAGAAUUUGCACAAACUAUGGCCAUUUUAGAGGAAAAAAAGGCUCUUGUUGCCAGAUUAGAAGCCAGAUUAGCUGAGUUACGCGAAGCACUAGAAGAAGCUAAUAUUAAAAAGAAAGCACUAGAAGAUGAAGUACAAUUGUGUAUCGAUAAAUUGGCUAGGGCUGAAAAGUUACUUGGCGGUUUGGGAGGUGAAAGGGUACGUUGGACUCAAGCUGCGGAAAAUUUACAAACAUUAUUCGAUCACUUAGCUGGAGAUAUUCUCGUGUCCUGUGCAAUUAUGGCUUAUUUAGCCCCCUACACCUUACCUGUCAGAAUAAAAAUGAUUGAUCAAUGGCGUGAUUUAGUUAUAAAGUUAAAAAUGCCACAUUCUGAAGUUUUCGUAUUUAAAGACAUCUUAGGCACUGACAUCAAAAUUCAGAAUUGGUGCAUUGCUGGAUUACCCAGGGAUUCAUUCUCAGUUGAUAAUGGCGUCAUUCAAGACAACUCUAUGCGGUGGUCAUUAAUGAUUGAUCCCCAAGGUCAAGCAAAUAAAUGGGUCAAAACCAUGGAGAAAGCCAAUGAUUUACAAGUUUUAAAAUUUACAGACGGGAAUUACAUGAAAGUGAUUGAAACUUGUUUAGAGUAUGGAAAGCCUGCUCUAAUUGAAUGCGUACUCGAAGAUGUAGAAGCGCCGUUAGAUCCCAUUCUACUUAAAAAUACAUACGUUCAAGCUGGUAAGGAAUAUAUCGCCCUUGGGGAUAAUGUGAUUGAGUAUCAUCCGAAUUUUAGACUUUACAUGACAACUAAAUUAAGAAAUCCACAUUAUUUACCCGAAGUUUUUAAUAAAGUGACGUUAAUCAAUUUUGCACUAACUAAAGAUGGAUUAGAAGAUCAGUUAUUAGGUAUAGUCGUAGCGAAAGAACGACCGGAUUUACAAGAGAAAAGAGAAAAGCUUAUAGUUCAAAGUGCAAGUAAUCGAGCUGCAUUAAAACAAGUAGAAGAUGAUAUCUUGCGAACCCUACAAGAAACGAAAGGUGAUAUAUUAGAAGAUGAAACUGCCGUUGAAGUGCUGGACUCGUCAAAAUUAUUGUCUGUUGAUAUUAUGAAAAAACAAGAAGCUUCUUUAGAGACUGAAGUCAUAAUAGAGAAAUUCCGCCAUGGCUAUCGACCAAUUGCUUCACAUUCUGCUGUCCUAUACUACUGUGUCACCGAAUUACCUAAUGUAGAUCCUAUGUAUCAAUACUCAUUAUUAUGGUUCAUUAAUCUUUACAUUAUUUCAAUUGAAAAUGCUAAUAAAUCUAAAGAUCUUGACAAAAGAUUAAAGUUCUUAAAAGAAACCUUUACUUAUAAUUUAUAUAGUAACGUAUGUAGAUCAUUAUUUGACAAAGAUAAGCUUAUGUUUUCGUAUGUUAUGUGUUCUAAAAUGAUGCUUGCUAAUGGAGAAAUGAACUUGGACGAACACGUUUUUCUUAUAACUGGCGGUAUUGCAAUAGAAAAUCACUUACGUAAACCAUUUGAAUGGUUACCCGAUAAAAGUUGGGAUGAAAUAUGCCGAAUAAAUGAUCUACAUACAUUUUCAGGAUUCCGUGACGAUUUUAUUAGAAAUGUAAAUCUAUGGCAAGAGGUUUAUGACGACAUGGAACCACACAACAAACGUCUUCCGGGAAUAUGGGAUAGCAGUUUGACUCAAUUUCAAAAACUAUUGGUUGUAAGAAUUUUAAGGCCUGAUAAAUUGACAGCAGCCAUAUCGGACUUUGUAGAAAAGCAAAUGGGUCGAAAAUACAUAACACCACCGCCCUUUGAUAUAGGUAAAUCAUUUGGCGAUUCUAAUUGUUUGGCACCAUUAAUAUUCAUAUUAUCUCCAGGCUCAGACCCCAUGGGCGCAUUAAUAAAAUAUUGUGAACGAAUGGGUUACUCUCAUAGAUUUAAUUCGAUAUCUUUAGGUCAGGGUCAAGGACCCAUUGCACGAGCAAUGAUUGAAAAAGCUCAACUUGAAGGUGGCUGGGUCUGUUUGCAAAACUGUCAUUUAGCAGCAUCGUGGCUUCCAACCCUUGAAAAAAUUAUAGAAGGUUUCGAUUUAACAAAUACAGAUUUAAGUUUUAGAUUAUGGUUAACAAGCUAUCCAUCCGAUAAGUUUCCACAAGCUGUGUUACAAGUAGCUGUUAAAAUGACAAACGAGCCACCAACGGGUCUCCAACAUAACUUAAACCGUUCUUACAUAUCUGAACCUGUAAAAGAAACUGAAUUCUAUGAAGGGUGCCCUGGCAAAGAUAAAGCAUUCAGCAAACUGUUAUACGGGAUCAGCUUUUUUCAUGCUGUUGUACAAGAAAGAAAAAAAUUUGGGCCAUUAGGAUGGAAUAUUCAAUACGGUUUUAAUGAUUCCGAUUUUCAAAUAUCUGUAAUGCAGUUACAAAUGUUUUUAAAUCAAUAUGAAGAGAUACAGUAUGUAGCUAUUAAGUAUUUGACAGGCGAAUGUAAUUACGGUGGCAGAGUGACCGAUGAUUGGGAUCGUCGUUUAAUAGUAACAGUUUUAGACAACUAUGUAAAUGCGGGUGUAGUAAAUGACCCAAAUUACACGUUUUGUGAUAUUGGCCCGCAAUAUGGGUUACCACGAAGAUGUGAAUAUCAAGAUUAUCUAAAACAUAUUGAAAGCGUUCCUGUAAAUCCUCCUCCUGAAGUAUUUGGACUGCAUAUGAAUGCAGGAAUAACUCGCGACUAUACCACGUCUAUGGCAUUAGCUCAAGCAUUGGUUCUCGUAGAAGGCGGUGGCGCUGGUGGAGAGGGUGGCAAUACAGAAGUCCUCCUAGUUCAAAUGUCUGAUGAAAUUCUAUCUAAACUACCUGAAGGGUUCGAUGUAGAAACUGCGCAAAAAAAAUACCCCGUGGACUACAGUGAAUCCAUGAAUACAGUAUUAAUUCAAGAGAUGGAACGGUUUAACAAAUUAUUGUAUGAAAUUAGAGAUUCAUUACUAGAUUUACAAAAAGCUGUGAAAGGUCUAAUUGUAAUGUCUUUGUCAUUGGAUUUGCAAUCAAAUGCAAUGUUACUGGGAAGAAUUCCUGACAAUUGGCGUAAGGUUUCCUAUCCUAGUUUGAAACCACUUCCUAGUUACGUAACAGACUUUAUUGAUCGAUUAGCUAUGUUGAAUGAUUGGUAUCAAAAAGGGAAACCACCGACAUUUUGGCUGUCUGGCUUUUUUUUCACUCAAGCUUUUCUCACAGGAUCCAUUCAAAAUUACGCAAGAGCAAAAAAAAUUCCUAUAGAUUUAUUAAUAUUUGAUUUUGAAGUACGUCAUACAGAUUUCGAGGACCAGCCACCCGAAUCAGGUGUAUAUGUAGAGGGACUCUUUAUGGAUGGUGGACGUUGGGAUCGAGAUAAUUAUGCGAUUGCAGAGCAAUUCCCAAAAUUACUCAAUGACAAUAUGCCAGUCAUCUGGCUUUUCCCUAAACUGAAAAAGCAGUUUGAAGAAGGAACGAGAUACAAGUGUCCAUUAUAUAAGACUUUAGAAAGAAAAGGAGUAUUGGCUACAACUGGACACUCAUCUAAUUUCGUGUUAGCGUUUUAUUUGCCAUCUAAUAAACCUUCAGCCCAUUGGAUCAAAAGAAGUGUAGCAUUAUUGCUUCAAUUGGACUUUUAAAACUUAUGGGAGGUAUCCACGAACGUUUUAUUUCAGUGUGUGUUUUUAUAUAUAACUAUUUAAGUCCCAUGUAAUGUAUUAGUAAA